UGGCUCUUUACUGACAAUGGCUUCACCUGAGCAGCCCUGAGGGGCGAGGCCUCAGGCCUCACGCUCCAUAUAAGAAGGUGUCACAACCGUGCAGACUGCAGAUGUGGACGAGCCGGAGUCCUGAUCCCCUCACGAACGCAGAGAUGCUUCUCUCUCUUUGUCUGGCGCUCGGCGUCUUCCUGGCGCCGGCUCACUCCAAACCGGCAGAACGUCUUGGCAGUCCUUUCCUUCAGCAGUGCUUUGAGGAGGCCAGGAAAACUGUGGAUGAUGCAUACAAGUACUCGAGAGAAGAGAGCCUGAGGCGAGUCCGCAGGGAACUGGUGAGGCCUCACGACACCCUCCACCUCCUGAAGCAGCCUCGAGGUGACACCCGCUCGGCCGUGAGGUCCGCAGACUACAUGGCCCAGACCCUUCGUCUGGUGCACGAGCGGGUGCACCGGGUGCACAAGCGCUCCCUGAACGCGACGGACUUGCUCACGGAGGAGGAUCUGAAGAAGCUGGCUAGUAUAACUGGAUGCGCGGCGCAAACUCGCCCUCCUCCUUGUGCCUCCACGCAGAACUUGAACAAGUAUCGCACGGCCACCAGCGUCUGCAACAACAUAAAAAACCCUCGCCUCGGCGCCUCCAACACCCCGUUCACCCGCUGGCUGCCUACGGAGUAUGAGGACGGCAUCUCCACGCCCAAAGGCUGGAACAGAACUAAACGCAUCAACAACUUCCUGAUGCCGCUGGUGAGACAGGUGUCCAACAACAUCCUGAGCACGACGGACGCGGGCGUGGUCAGCGACGGGAACUUCUCCCUCAUGGUGACGUUCUUCGGACAGUGGAACGACCACGACCUCACCUUCACGCCGUUCUCGCCCAGCAUCCGCUCCUUCAGCAACGGGGUCAACUGCGAUGAGAGCUGCGAGCAGACCGAGCCGUGCACCCCUAUCCCGAUCCCCCCCGGCGACCCCCGCCGGCCCUCCCGGCCCGACAGCUGCAUCCCGGCCUUCAGGUCGGCCCCCGCGUGCGGGACGGGCUACUCCGCCUACAACUUUGGCGGAUUGCCCAACACACGGGAGCAGAUCAACGCUCUGACCGCCUUCCUGGACCUGGGCCAGGUCUACGGCUCCGAGGAGAAGCUGGCGCUCUUCCUCCGCAACCUGAGCAGCAACGAAGGCCUGCUGCGUGUCAACACGGAGUUCCGGGACAACGGCCGCGAGCUGCUGCCCUUCCACCCGCUCCAGGUGCAGAUGUGUGCCACGCGCCGGAGAGUCACCAACGACACGAACGCCAGGGAGGUGCCCUGCUUCAUAGCAGGCGACGUGCGCGUGGACGAGAACCUCGCUCUCUUGUCCAUCCACACUCUGUUCAUGCGCGAGCACAACCGCCUGGCCCGCGAGCUGAAGAGGAUAAACCCCCACUGGGACGGCGAGACGCUCUACCAAGAGGCCCGGAAGAUCAUGGGCGCCUACACGCAGCUGUUCGUGUUCAGGGACUAUCUGCCGCACAUCGUGGGCGAUGAGGCCAUGCGCAGGCAGCUCGGCCGUUACCCCGGCUACGACCCCGACGUGGACCCCACCAUCUCCAACGUGUUCGCCACAGCCGCUUACCGCUUUGCCCACUUGGCCAUCCAGCCCUUCGUGCCCCGGCUGGACCAGAACUACAGGGAGGACCCCCAGUUCCCCAGCGUGCCCCUGUUCAUGGCCUUCUUCACCCCCUGGAGGGUCGUCUUUGAGGGCGGCAUCGACUCAGUGCUGCGCGGCUUGCUCCGCAGUCCGGCUAAGCUGAACACGCAGGACCACAUGCUGGUGGACGCUCUGAGGGAGAGGCUCUUCCAGUUUGUGCAGGCACUGACUUUGGACCUGGGCUCUCUUAACAUGCAGCGGGCUCGUGACCACGGGUUGCCAGGCUACAACGCGUGGCGCAGGUUCUGCGGCCUCUCUCAGCCCCGGAACCAGGCAGAGCUCGGACGGGUUCUGAACAACAACGACCUGGCCCGCAGGAUUCUGGAGCUCUACGGCACGCCGGCCAACAUCGACGUGUGGAUGGGAGGCGUGGCCGAGCCGUUUGUCCAGGGCGGCCGCGUGGGGCCUCUGCUGGCCUGCCUCAUCGCCACACAGUUCCAGAGGAUCCGCCAGGGCGACAGAUUGUGGUGGGAGAACACAGGAGUCUUCACCCCGAGACAGAGAACUGCUUUAGCAUCUGCCUCCCUGUCCAAGAUCGUCUGUGACAACACCGGCGUCACGACGGUCCCCACGGACGCCUUCAGCCUCUUGUCAAGCAGCAACCGCCAGGUCAACUGCCGCAACAUCCGACGCUUGGACCUGUCCGCCUGGAGGGAGAGACCGGCCUCUCAGGGCUCAGACCAGAAUGAUGCCCUUUCAAAUGACAUCAGUGAAACACAGAAUGGGAACCACGUGGAGCCCAGUAUGAGCCAACAAGGCCCGCAGAGCAACCAGAUCCUGUAGGAGAGGCCUCCUGAACAACCAGCCCAUCACCAUUAGUAUCACAUGGCCACGGUCAGGAGGCACAGCGAGAAGGGAGACACAGUGUGUGUGUGUGUGUGUGUGUGUGUGUGUGUGUGUGUGUGUGUGUGUGUGUGUGUGUGUCUGCUUUAGGAAGUGUUUACAAUACUUUGCUUUUCCUUAUUCUAGUUGCACCAGUUAUCUGUUAUUUGCACUGGACUCCUUCUUCUUUUCACCUCACCCUGCACCUGUCCGUGUUUUACAGCACAUUUAACUAAAGCAGGAAAUCAUGGUGGUAGUUUUAGCAACUAGCUUCGUGAACAUUAAAUGAACUCUGUUACAGCAGCCAUUCAAUCAGUAGCUGGUUUAAUAGCAUGUAAUUGACCAGCAAUAUUUUGAUUGAUUGAUUAUAUCUGAUUCAGCAAUGAAAUGUAAACGGACUCGAAAAUAUGUUGGCAAAACUUGUUUUAUGCUAAAUUUAGUUUUGUUUGUGUUUUUGGUCAAUAAAAAAGCAAGAAACUAAA